AACCCCUGGAUUUUCUUGCUGAGUGCUGCUACUGUGUGUGUCCUUGUGCGUCUUUCUCUCAUUGUUUGUGUGUCCUUGUGUGUCUGAUUUUGUCUGUAAGUAUAACUGAGCAUCCUUAUUGCAGUGUGUAUUUUGUGUGUAUGCAUGGCUGCCGUGCUUCUCUGAUUGUGAUUCAGUUUGUGUUCCACUGCAUGUGAUAGUUCUGUUGUUCCUGUGUCAUUGUGUGUGUGACUGUCCCCCUGUGUCAUUAGUAUUUUUUUUUUAUUAUUAAUUUGGCUUAUUUGAGUUACUGUUUUAUUGGGUGGGUGUUGUGUGCUGCUUAUUUGGGAUGGGAAAUCGAAGAGAGAUCUCACAGCUCAGGAAAAUGAGGGCCAGGUGAGUCCGACCUCCAGUAUGGUUCACCCAUUGCUGUCCUGCCUGUGUCCUAUCCUCCUUCUGCUGGUGGUGGGUACUGUCCUGUGCGGCUUGGCUUCAGGCUGCCCCCAGCGCUGUGAUUGCUCCCCCCAGGACCGAUCUGUGCUGUGCCACCGCAAACGCCACUUUAGUGUCCCAGAAGGAGUACCCACAGACACUCGUCUUCUGGACCUGAGCAGGAACCGCAUCAAAAUCCUCAACCAGGACGAGUUCUCUGCUUUUCCCUACCUGGAGGAGCUGGAGCUCAGUGAGAACAUUGUGAGUACUAUUGAACCAGGAGCCUUCAAUGGUUUGUUCAACUUGCGCUCUUUGGGGCUACGAAACAAUCGCCUCAAACUCAUCCCUCUUGGGGUAUUCACGGGGCUUAGUAACCUCACCAAGCUGGACAUUAGUGAGAACAAGAUAGUGAUCCUUCUGGAUGAUAUGUUCCAGGAUCUCUACAACCUCAAGUCUUUGGAAGUUGGGGAUAAUGACCUUGUCUACAUCUCUCAUCGUGCAUUUCGUGGUCUCAACAGUCUAGAAGAGUUGUCACUGGAGAAGUGCAACCUUACUUCUGUACCUACGGAAGCUCUUUCCCAUCUCCAUGGCAUAAUUUCACUGCGGCUCCGAUACCUUAACAUUAUGGUCAUUAGAGACUAUUCCUUCAAGAGGUUGAAUCGACUUAAGGUUCUGGAGAUAGCACACUGGCCCUAUAUGGAUACCAUGACUGCCAACAGUCUAUAUGGACUGAAUUUAACUUCCCUUUCUAUUACACAUAGUAAUAUAAGCUCCAUCCCUUAUGUUGCCAUCCGACACCUUGUUUAUCUCCGUUUCCUCAACCUUUCCUACAACCCUAUCACUGCUGUGGAGGGCUCCAUGAUGCAUGAAUUGCUGAGACUACAAGAAUUCCACCUGGUAGGUGGUCAGCUUACUGUUGUGGAACCAUAUGCCUUCCGUGGUCUCAAUCACCUUAGGGUGCUAAAUGUCUCCUCUAACCUCCUCAGCACUCUGGAGGAAUCAUCUUUCCAUUCAGUGGGCAACCUGGAGACACUCAUUUUGGAUCGGAAUCCUUUGGCAUGUGACUGCCGUCUUUUAUGGAUCUUCCGGCGGCGCUGGCGGCUGAACUUUAACCGACAGCAGCCCUCCUGCUCCAGUCCAGAAUAUGUUCAGGGAAGAGAGUUCAAGGACUUCCCAGAUGUUUUGCAGCCCAAUUAUUUCACUUGCAGGCGUGCUCGCAUCCAGGACCGCAGCCCACAGGUGGUUAAUGUGGAUGAAGGACACACUGUGCGUUUCUUCUGCCGAGCUGAUGGAGACCCUCCACCAAACAUUUUAUGGCUAUCUCCACGUAAAGUUUUUAUCACCAGCAAAACUAAUGGAAGGCUGACUGUGUUUUCUGAUGGGACUCUUGAGGUGCGCUAUGCUCAGAUUCAGGAUAACGGGACAUACCACUGUGUAGCCAGCAAUGCAGGUGGUAAUGAUACCUCCCUAGCUCAUCUGCAUGUGCGAAGCUUCUCACCUAAUUGGCCUCACCAACCCAAUAAAACCUUUGCCUUUAUAUCUAACCAGCCAAAUGAGAGUGAUAUCAACAGUACACGUGCAAGUGUCCCAUUCCCAUUUGACAUCAAGACUCUUAUUAUUGCCACUACUAUGGGCUUCAUCUCCUUCCUGGGAGUUGUCCUCUUUUGCUUGGUCCUACUCUUCCUCUGGAGUAGAGGGAAGGGGAACACCAAACAUAACAUUGAGAUUGAGUAUGUGCCACGAAAGUCGGAUGCAGGGCUCUCCUCAGCAGAUGCUCCAAGAAAGUUUAACAUGAAGAUGAUAUGAUGUUAGAACUGCUGGGGCUAGACAAUAGAUGGGUAGUGUCAGUGAUUGGGGCAAACAUUGGAAUGCACGGGACCUGCUACUGCCCCAUCCCUUUUGUGCAACCCAUCAAAGCUAAAAAAAAGUCUUUCUGUGGAGAGUGAUGGUGACAGGGUUCCUUUACCUGUUCUGAUUGCCCCAUUGCCUUUGCCAGUUUUGGGUGUAACCUGUGCACUUUUAACCCUGUGAAAUCCCAAACCUCUCCAACUCUCAAACUGCCCAUCUGGUACUUACCCCUUUUUCUGUUAUUGAUAUGGGGUAUGAGGGUGGGAUGGUUGGAGGGAAUGCUACAAGGGAAGUCAGAGGGCUGGAAUAGCCCCAGUCUGGAAGAGAAAGUGGUGAGAAUGGGGAUUGAUAGGACAUGAAAAACUAUGAUACUGAACUUGACCUCUGUAUCUUCUCCAAAUUUCAAUACCUGUCAUUUUUAUGGAAAAAGAAAGAAAUAUUAAUGAAAAAAUAAAGAAAAAUUGGAAAAUGCCAAA